AUGGUCGCCUCCCCCUCUCUCUCCGAGCGCUACCUCAAGCGCCUGGGCGCGACGGCGCCUACCACCCGCGACUUGGCGUCACUCACAACCUUGCUCGAAGCCCACCUGCGCGCCAUCCCCUUUGACACCAUCACGCCCUUCAUCGGCCAAGCGGUGUCUCUCGACCCAGACGCCACCUUGUCAUUCGCGGCCCUUGGUGAGCUGGGCUUCAACGUCGAAUACGUCCUGGCACGCGUCUACAUCUCGCCGGGGAUCACCCGGCCCAUGGCCAAGACCCACACAGCCGUUGUGGUGAGCCUACCUGAGGGCAAGUUCCUCUUCGACCCGGGAUUCGGUGGAUACACACCGACCAUGCCGGUUCAGCUCGGGGUCGGGGACGAUGCGCAAGAGGGCAAGUGGGGAACCUUCCGUGCAGUCUCGGCUGCCAACUCGAUCGUUACAUCCGAUCGCCGCGGCGACGACGUGCACACUGUCAUGGAAACGCUUGUCAAUGGAACGUGGAUGGCCAUGUAUGGUCUCACCAAAGGACCCGUUGUCGAGGCGGAUAUCGAGGCCUUCAACUGGUACGUCUCGACCAGCCCCGACAGCCACUUUACCAAACGUCUUAUGCUCUCUCGAUUUGCCGGGGUGGAGAAGGUGACGGGUAUCGACGCCUCGAUGAAGCACCGAACGGCUAGUGGAGUGACAGACUAUUCAAUGGACACGUUGGAGCAAGUCGGCAAGGUUCUCCGAGUCGACAUGCAGCUGGGAGCCGAUGACGCGCUGGUACAAAAGGUGUACAACCGUCUGUUGCAAGUUGGCGCUAUCAAGCCCGAGUAG